UCGCUUAAGUGAAAAGAAAGUUAACAGAAUGCGCAGCACGCUAGUUUGAAAAUUAAUAACAUUUACUUAUUGCCGCAGAAACAUGCCGUCAUGCGUUCUUAACACGAAUCAUUUUGUGACAUUUGGAUAAUUAUUCUUAACCGCUGUUCAAUGUAACAGAUGAUAAACAGCUAACUAGAUAGCUAGCGUUAACUAACCAUACUUUCUCGCUUGAUAGAUAGCACACAGCUAACGUAAGCUUAAGUUACAAACUUAUUUAAACACGUACAGCUAGCUAUGUACAGUUAAUGUAAAACUCGUAUUCAUCUAGGUCUCUGCGUCUUAUCUUUUGUAGGUACCUAACAACGCUAGCUAAUAUAGCUGAAUCUGCAAUAUAUUCGCGUUCGUUUAUUGUACAUCGGUAUUGAUAUGGCUAGCUAGGAAGAGUAACACUUAACUUUGAAGCAAAUGAAAGUACGCGCAAAUAUAGCUAGCUAGCCAACUAGAUAACCUAUUGUAGUGGGUAUGUCCAGCAAUCUAACACCUGAACAACAGAAAAGAAUCGAGGAGAACAGAAAACGAGCAAUUGAACGGAGAGCUGAGAGACUUGCGCAAUCAAAUGCACAUGUCUCUGCUCAGAACAAAGCAUCCACAUCUCAGCAUGUUUCCCCAUCGACGGGUUUUCUGUCAGAUACAGCCGGGAGACAUACAACAUACGUACCGACAUUUCCUUUGAACUACGAAAUCAAGUCUGCCGCAAGAAAUGCGGGCAUUACAAGACAGAUUCAGGUCAUAGACCCUCUUCCCACUUCUAAAAGGCCCUCUUCAAAAGAAGAGUCUCAGGCAUCAGCCCCUUCAACUCAUUUCAAGCCCCCUGAGCUAAAAUCUGGUGCUGGUCAUUUCCCUGGAACAAAACAGGCUUCCACAGUUGGUAGUUUCUACGGGCAUAGUACAAAGCUUCCUGGUCAAACCUUAAAGAAUCAGAGAUCUAAAGCUUCAGACACUGGCUCUGCUGUGCCUGCUAAGAGGCCAAGUGUGUGUGUGCAUGGGAGAUGUGUACCUCAUUCCAAGGAGAGAUUCAGAGUUGAGGUUGGCUACCAUAUGGAGCUCAUCGCAGUGUUCAAAAACAUACCCUCGAGGAACUACGACCCUGCCACUAAGAUGUGGAACUUUAGCCUUGGAGACUAUAAGCAAUUGAUGGAGGAGGCAGCAGGCAUCUCCUCUGUGUCUCUGAAAGCUCUGGAGGGGAUGGAGGGUCUGGACCUGAAUGCCUCGAGCAGCCGCCCCAGAGAUGCAGCAGCUCUGGCGACCCUCAUGAAGUUGUGCCAGGGCUGGCAGAAGCCCAGCGCUACAGUAAAGGGCCGGUGCACCCUCAUCUCCCGCUCUCGCCUAGAGGUGGAUGUUGGUUACCACGCAGAUGUUAUUGGUGUCUUCAAACAGAUGCCCUCGAAAAAUUAUGACAUGAAGACAAGAAAAUGGAGUUUCUUGCUCGAGGAUUAUGGAAAGCUGAUGGAGGCUGUGAACAGCAUUUCAGCUGUGGAGAUCGAACCAUUACCACGGGCAGUGCUGCAGACGUUCUCCUCCCAGUUCGAGAAGAGCCAGGUCAGAGCUGCCGACGUGCCUGCGGCCGACCUCUCAGCGGUGGACCCCGUGCUCACCCGCUCCCUCAUGCCCUUCCAGCUGCAUGGCGUCCACUUUGCUGUUUCUAGAGAAGGGCGUCUGCUCUUGGCUGAUGACAUGGGCCUGGGGAAGACGGUGCAGGCCAUCUGCAUCGCGGCCUACUACCAGAAGGAGUGGCCACUGUUGGUAGUCGCACCCUCCUCUGUACGUUUCACAUGGGCAGAGGCGUUCCAGCGCUGGUUGCCUUCGAUCGCAAUGGACAGCAUCAACAUUGUGCUGAAGGGUCGAGACAGCCUUUGCUCUGGGCUGGUCAACAUUGUCAGUUAUGACCUGCUUAGUAAAAUGGACAAGCAGCAGUUAGCAAGCCCCUUUGGUGUGCUGAUCAUGGAUGAGUCCCACUUCCUGAAGAACAUUAAAACAGCUCGCUGCAGGGCUGCUCUUCCCCUGCUGAAGGAGACUAAGAGGGUGAUCCUGCUGUCAGGAACGCCUGCCAUGUCCCGCCCCGCUGAGCUCUACACGCAGAUCCUGGCUGUGAAGCCCACACUCUUCCCCAGAUUCCAUGAGUUCGGUGUGAGAUAUUGUGAUGCUAAGCAGCUCCCUUGGGGUUGGGACUACUCCAGCUCCUCUAACCUGGCUGAGCUGAAACUGCUGUUGGAGGAGUCUCUGAUGUUAAGGCGGCUCAAGAGUGAUGUGCUCUCACAGCUCCCUGCCAAGCAGCGCAAAGUGGUUACCGUGACUACAGAUGGCAUGGACUCUCGCACCAAAGCUGCCCUCUCAGCCGCAGCCACAGAUCUCGCCAGCAGACGCCACAAUAAGAUGCAGGAGAAAGAGGCUCUGCUUGUCUUCUUUAACCAUACAGCGGAAGCCAAGAUCAGAGCAAUCUUGGAGUACAUGUCAGACAUGCUGGAAUGCGGGCGUGACAAGUUUCUGGUGUUUGCGCAUCACAAACGUGUCCUGGACAGCAUAACCAAACACCUCUCUGACAAGACGGUUGGUUACAUCCGCGUCGACGGCUCCACUCCCUCAGCAGAGCGGCAGCAGUUGUGUGAGAGGUUCCAAUUCUCACCGCAGUGCCGCGUGGCUGUGCUCUCCAUCAUGGCAGCCAACAUGGGCCUCACCCUCCAUGCGGCAGACCUCGUGGUGUUCGCUGAACUCUUCUGGAACCCAGGGAUAUUAAUCCAAGCUGAGGACAGAGUGCACCGGAUUGGUCAAACGAGCUGUGUGGACAUUCACUACCUGGUAGCCAAAGGCACAGCUGAUGACUAUCUCUGGCCUAUGAUCCAGGAGAAGAUGAAUGUCCUAGAACAGGUCGGCCUGUCCGAGUCCAAUAUAUCGGGAAAGGCAGUGUGUGCCAGCUUCCACAGCAAGGACCCCAAGCAGCAGAGCAUCACUGAGAUGUUCCAGAGGUCGUUCUCAGAAGAGGAUGUGGAUGAGUCCGUGUUGCUGGAGGCUGUGACUGACUGGGAGGACACGGAGCACCAUGGCUCAGUCUCCCACCAACAGGAGCGCGUCUCCGCAAGCACCAGCAAGAAAAAGCAUAAUAAAGACUACUUCAGCUGAUAACCAGCAAUUUUUAAAAAGAAAAAUGGUACUUGGAGUUAAGUAACUAAAGUUGGGACAUUUACCCAAAGACCAACUAAAGUUACCCAAGCUCAUCUUUUCACAAAAUAAUGAGUAUAUCCCUUUUGGUUAUCAUGAGUGAGCAAGUGUCGCUUUGGUCUUUUUGUUAAAUGGGAGGGAAAUUGUAAGUGUAACUAUUGUACAUAUGGCUGUUAAAUAAUAAAGCUCUACAUUUUAGUUUACCUUCA